UGUAAUUUGUGGAAAAAGAAGUACAAACAUUUUGAUUGACAUCUAGUUUUUAAAUCAGACGUCACAACCUUACAAACUCACAAAGAGGUCAAAAGAGGCCCAUAGCCUCGAUGUUAACUGUAGCAAUAUGUAACUGUGGCAAAUAGACAAGAAUGUGUAACAUUUUACUGAAACAUUUUUCUAAUAGAAAUAAAAAAAAUCCUCCUUUUUAAAAGGACAUAUGAGCUGAUAGCACUCAAUAAUAAAAAAAAAGAUAAAUACUGUCAAAUACAACAGAACAGUGCAUACUGCAAAUGUGCAAAAUUAAUAAUUCUUUAGCAGAAAAAUAAGCAUGUCUGCUUUUUCAGGUAGGGUGCGUGAUCCUUCUGGACUUAUGGUGUCUCCAGCAGUAGAGAACACCCUCUCAGAUGGGGUGAAGAAAGCCUGCACACACAGAAAGUGCUUAGCUAGUCCAGACAGCAGGGGCAGAGUAUCUCUUUUGUUGUCCCAAAUAUAAACAAGUUUAUAAUUAGGUUGGUGUAAUUACAUAAGGAAGGUCGGAUAACUUGAAUCUCAUACAAUAUAAGAGGAAUUUUAGCACAAUCCUCUGUUAUCUUUGAUUUGUUAACUUCUUAGACAUAGUUGGGGUACACUAUGGAAAGGCCUUUUGAUACUGAGUAGAAUAAAAGUGGUUUGGGACGAAUGGGACCAUCCUAUCUCGAAUUCCGGGCGAAAAUACGCUGAUUAGCUGUAGUCAUCAGGUGCAUUUCGGGAAGUAAUUUGGAACAUCCACAUCCAUUAGUCAUAGCAACACAAAAAAUUUGGAGUGCAGAAAGGUGCCGUACUACUCGGAGAUUAUGCAAACUAUACACAGGUAGGUGUCAGCCAGGAUUCAAACCCAGAACCGCUAAACUGAUGUAGAACGGAUAACAACUUGACAUAUGUGUUACACUUACAUUUGCCAAAAAGAUUUGCACUACAUCUGCCUAAUGAUUGUGGACGACAUAUGUGUUUAUUUGAUAAUAUGCCUUGAUUCAUUUUUUAUAGUUAUUAGGAAUGUCAUCAAGACACCACCUUCACCAGAAACAUGUCCUGCAGAUUGUGUGUGCAUUGGAGACCAUCGUCCUACGCACCUUUGGACCCGAGGGAGGUCAGGUGCUAUUCACACGAGACAACGGACAUGCAAUGUUGAGCCGCAGUGGCACAUGCAUUCUCACGGCGCUACGACUUGAGCACCCGCUUGCUAGGAUGAUUGUUGAGUGCGUCUGGAAGCACAGCAGGAAAACAGGGGAUGGAUCCAAAUCAUUCAUCCUUCUUCUGGCAUCUUUGUUACGAGCCAUUUACACCACAGCAUCUAAAGAGUCCAAAGAAUCUAAUGUCUUUCAAACAAGGGAAGCAGCAGAGUCCGCCACUGCCAAACGAUUCUCAGAACAAUUGGUGGCUUUUGCACUGGAGAAGUUGGAGGAUGUUAUUGCUGUUGCUGUGGAACCUAAUGGAUUGUGUCUGUCAGUUGAGGAUUUAACAGCAAGCAACCAAUUGGCAUCUGAAUUGAAUGUUAAAAAGUUACUUGUGUCUUUCUUUCUAACUCGUUUGGGUUUUGCCAACUGUGACUUAGUAGGCGAGCUCACUUUCAAGCUGCUCGCCAAAUGGAGCUGUAAAAAGGGCAAAGCUUUGAAACCAGACAAAUUUGACAAAAAUGAUGAUAAGUAUGAUUUAUCUCCAAUUCUUCUGUUUCUAAAUGAUCAUUUUCCUGCCCUGCAUACACAGGUGUCUAGCUUUCCUGUUAGUUGCUCACGUUUAAUUGACGGGCAAGUUAUUCACAGGGACUUUGCAACACACUACCAUGGAAAUGGCAAUUAUCCGGGUCCGGCCAAGGCAGUUGUUUUUACGAUACCCCUACAACCCAAAUGGGUAAAUGAAAGGAUCGAGAUGGAAAUCGGUAACGGCAAAAGCAUCGUGAACUUUAGCGCCUGGGCGGAAAGCUCACUGGAGCGUAUAUUUGCCACCCUUCAGACUCUUGGAGUCUCUGUCCUGCUGUCUGCGGUCAAACAGUCUGACGCCUUCCUGACUUUAGCGACACAGGCAGAAAUGGCCGUCGUAGAGUGCAUCAGCAAAGAUGAACUUGCACUCUUUAUUCACCUGAGCAGGACCUCAGCUGUCACAGACUCUCAGGGGAUUCUACCAGAACACGUUGCUUCUUUGGAGUUUUGUAGACCAAUACUUCUGGGAGCCCAUAGGUACGUUCAUGUGGCUUUUCCAGUUUCCAUGGAAGAGCAGCCCUGUAAUAUCGUCAUCUGCGGCUUGGGUGAAGAGCAAACGGAUCAAUAUGCCAGUGCCAUUCAGGAUGUUUUUCGUAUGCUGCAUACAACAUGGGAGCCCCAGGCUGCAACCAUUUCACCGGGCUGCGUCAUACCCGCUGGCGGCACAUUUGAGCUUAUUUUACACCACGCCCUCUUACAACAGCGCCAUUGUCAAACCAUUUCUAAAGACGUACCAGUGGUUUGCAAGCUCUUGGCAAAUGGUUUACUCCAUCUUCCACAACAAAUUCACGCCGACAAUCCAAGACUUGUUUUACAGAUUCAAUCAAAAGUCUGGAGCUUUUAUCAGAAUAUUUUCCAUCAUGAAACCACAUUUAACCAAACGCAUCAUGCCAAGAAAUGUGUUCAAGGAGAGAGAGAACCAAGUAUGUAUUGUUCAUCAUUCAACAGUUUGAAAACAUUAUCAGGACUGGAGUCUGUUUCAUGUAAAUAUCAUCUGAUUUUGGCUGUGCUGCAGUGUGUCAAAAGCCUCCUACGAUUAGACACUGUGUUUCAUAUACCCACAGAAUUGCACCCAAAAUCACCCAAUCCCAUUUACUCCUCUGAGGAUGAAGACUGAGGUUUCUGACUUAAUAUGAAAGCUAGAAUCAUAUUUGUACAACUUCAGUUAAGGUCCAUUCAAAUACUUAUUAUGCAAUGGAUUUUUUUUUUUUAAAUAAAACCUUCUACAGACAUUUGUAAGGCCUGUC